AUGUUGGGCAUGUUGAUUGGCUACCUGGUUGGUGGCUGGUUCGGCGACCAAUUUGGUCGAAGGCGUGUAAUCCUCGCUUCGGGUGUGGCUGAAUUUGUCAUCGAAUUGUUAAUCUGCUUCUCUGCCAAUCACACACAGUACAUCAUUCUGCGUAUUCUUGUCGCUAUAUGCGUGACAACACGUUUCUCUGCCCUUACAGUCCUGAUAACGGAAAUAACUACUGCCAAGUAUCGAUCACUGAUCUCGGCGGUUUCUUCCAUUAUCCAGACGACCUUCCAGCGUACCUUCUUGGCGGUUGUAGCCCUGUACGUGACGAAUUGGCGGUGGUUAAAUGUCUCAUUGGUGGCGACGAAUACUCUUAUCUUCAUCAUGUUCUUCCUUCUGCCAGAGUCUCCGAAGUGGCUUGUUGCCCGUGCACGAUACAGAGAUGCCGGAGAUGUCCUGUAUCGUGGGUACCGAAUUAACGCAUACGUCAGAAACAUGUUUACGUCUGUGUCAAAACGGAGUCCGCUUGUGAGUCGAAAAGACUUCUUCGCCCUGAUUGGCAUUCCUGACGAACCGAUGAAGGAAAAGUCUGCCGAGCAGGACGUUGUUGGAUCUGGACAGCCCACCAGACCAGCGGGGAAAUGCACCGUCUUUGAGCUCUUUAAUCGUAAGAUGGUGGCUACGACCUUACUCUGUACAAUCCUCAUUGCUGGUAACAUAACCUGUGUGUUUGGCUUAGUCUUAUAUUCGGCAAAUAUUCGUCUCUACACCUCCUAUGUACUCAUGAUUAACGCUGUCGCGUCCAUCCCGGGAUGCCUGCAGUUCGCUGGUCUUUAUCGCUGUUUUCGCUAUCGUAAGAGACCCUUGAUGGUUGUUUACCUCAGUACAGCAGUCGUUCUCUGGAUCGCUGCUUUGUACACAGUCAUUUCACAACCUGACAACGACAUUGCACUUAAUGUCCUGAUGGCAGUUGGUACAAUGCUGUUGACCACCGCGUCACGAAUGGUAUUUGUCUAUGUGCCUGAGCUAUACAGUCCGGUCUACAGGAACCGUGGACUGGGAGUGUGUGCUGGUUUUGCCAGGAUGGGCAUAUUCUGGUUUCCCCUCAUAAAUCGUCUUGACUCCAGUGUCAGACACGGUUUUCCACUGAUAAUAUAUGCUGGAAUUAUUACCAUCCCGAUGGUUCUCCUCUGUUUCCUCAGGGACACCAACGGGGAGGCCUCGGCGACAGCAAGUACACCAAACGACGAAGUCAAGGACAGUCAGCUGACCGAGCCCCCGGAGUCCUCAAAGGACUGUUAG